AAAAUAUCAAGCCAUUGACUAGCUAUGGCUUUGUGGCGUCACAAACUGGAGACUCUAACCAACGACCGGUGGCUAGUGUUCGUGUGUGCCAUGUGGAUCCAGUCUGUCGCCGGCGUCGGUUACUUAUUCGGUGGCUCAAUGUCCCCAGCGAUCAAGACUUCCCUCGGUUACAACCAGAAACAGAUCGGUCUUCUCGGCGUUGCUAAGAACCUCGGCGAUGCUAUCGGAUUCGUCUCCGGUGCCUUAUCUGAAGUAUCACCGUCGUGGGCGGUUCUACUCGUCGGUGCUGCUCAGAAUUUUGUGGGCUACGGUGUUGUCUGGCUCGUCGUCACUGGUCAAUUGCCUAAUCUGCCUCUUUGGAUGUUGUUUGUAGCUAUUUUCGUGGGAACAAACGGAGAAACCUACUACAAUACAGCAUCUCUAGUCUCAUGCAUUCAUAACUUCCCAGAGAGCCGUGGUCCUGUUGUUGGAAUCUUGAAAGGGUUCUCUGGCUUGAGCGGAGCUAUCUUGACUCAGGUUUAUUUGAUGUUCAAUCCCUCUCAUGAUUCUUCGGUCAUUCUCAUGGUAGCUCUUGGACCACCACUCGUUGUUCUGGCUCUAUUGUUUGUUGUUAGACCCGUGGAAAGAAGUUGCAGAGCGAACUUGCGGUCUGAUGAUUUACGUUUCUUAGCUAUUUACGGCUUCUGUGUUGUCCUCGCUGUGUAUCUGUUAGGAGUGUUGGUACUUCAGAGUCUUGUUGAUAUAACUCAAAGAGCUAUCACAGCCUCUGGAGCUAUUCUUGUCGUUUUGAUGGUUGCUCCAGUUCUUGUCCCUUUUGCAUCGGUUUUCCUCUCAGGUGAUAACGUCACCUUGGUGAAGCCAGAAGAAGGAACUUCUAGUGUGGAUCCGAAUGAGGUUAAGACUUUGAUUGAGAGGAGUGACAUAUCACCGGAAAAGAGAAGAGCCCCGUGUAUAGGAGAAGAUUUCACAUUGUUACAGGCUUUGGGACAAACCGACUUCUGGCUUAUAUUUAUGUCUCUGGUUCUAGGUGUUGGUUCAGGGAUAACGGUUAUAGACAAUCUUGGUCAGAUUUGUUAUUCCCUCGGCUAUAGCAACACCAAAGUAUUCGUAUCACUAAUCAGCAUCUCCAAUUUUCUUGGCCGUGUUGCUGGUGGCUACUUCUCUGAGCUAAUCAUAAGAAAACUCUCACUUCCAAGAAUAAUGGCAAUGUCUGCGGUUCAGGCGAUAAUGUCAUUAGGGCUCAUCUACUAUGCCAUAGACUGGCCGGGGAAGAUCUAUGUAGUCACCAUUGUAAUAGGAAUGGGUUAUGGCGCUCAUUGGGCAAUCGCUCCUGCUUCAGUCUCUGACAUUUUUGGACUAAAAAGUUUCGGUUCUCUUUACAAUUUCCAGAUUACAGCAUUGCCUAUUGGGUCGUUUGUGUUCUCAGGUGUGAUUGCAAGUAACAUCUAUGACUACUACGCUAGGAAGCAAGCCGGGACCUCCACAGAGACUGAGUCACUCAUCUGCACAGGAUCAGUGUGUUAUUCGGUUACCUGUGGUCUCAUGUCCGUGGUGUGUUUAAUGGCUAUGUUGUUGAGUCUGAGUGUUGUUUAUAGGACUAGGAAGUUUUACUUGAGGCUUCAUCGAGCGUCCAAGACUUGAAGAUAAUGUGGAGCUUUUCAACGCGCCAAAGGUUGUUCUUUUGGUCUUUUGUAAGAAAUAUAUAAGCAAUUCUACAAUUAGUUUUUUUUGUCGACAAUACUUUAAUUUAUCAAGCUCAAUAGGCAGAAUUACAAGGGCUUCGUUUAAAAGAACCCACAAAAAAG